CCUCACGCACCACUGAAAACCUCUCCUCCUUGUAGGUCCGCACCCCCUUUAUACGCGGACGCGCUCUCUUUUGGUCGCCCAGUCUCCAUCCCAGCGCUAAGGCGCGCUCUGCUCAGGUCUCCGCCACCGCCCAGCGCCUCCUGAACCCAUCCCUCAAACCCUAGAACGUCCUCAGGGCCCCCAGGUGGGCGCGGCGCGCUGCGGGAGGGGACCCUCUCUGCACCUGCCCGCACCUCUGGGGAUCGCUGCGUCCCUAGGGCUCUCCGCCUCCCCUUUUUCCUUUCUAAGCGCCUCGCGCCCAGGCCGCCGCCCGGGGUGGCGCAGCCCGUAGCCCUCCCGCCCCGGGCGCCCUCCGCCGCUCCGAGACCCCCGCCGGGGCGCGUCCUCUCCCCUUUUCCCGUCCCCUCCCCCGGCUCGGGGCGAGCGCCAGGUCCCUGAGGACGCUCCCGCCCAGCCCAGCACUCCUUUGUGCGGCGGGGCGGGUGCUGCGUCAAGGCGGAGGCGCGGCCACACGCGCGCACCCACCCGCGCGCACUCAGCCCCCGGGAGCGGCGGGAAGGGAGGCGGCGGCGCGAGGAGGAGGGAGCGGCCGCGGAGCCCAAUCGCUCGCUCCCCUGCCCGGGCCCGCGCGCGGCGCCGCCUCCGCCAUUGCUGCGAGCAGGAGCAGGCGACGCGGAGCUCGGAGCGCGGAGCUGACCUGCCGGAGCCGGGCGUGGGCUGCAGCCUCGGAGCUCCCGGAAAGAUGGUGAAGUUGGGGAACAAUUUCGCGGAGAAGGGCACCAAGCAGCCGCUGCUGGAGGAUGGCUUCGACACCAUUCCCCUGAUGACGCCCCUCGAUGUCAAUCAGCUGCAGUUCCCGCCUCCGGAUAAGGUGGUCGUGAAAACUAAGACUGAGUAUGAACCUGACCGCAAGAAAGGGAAAGCACGUCCUCCCCAAAUUGCUGAGUUCACCGUCAGCAUCACGGAGGGUGUCACCGAGAGGUUUAAGGUCUCUGUGCUGGUCCUCUUCGCCCUGGCCUUCCUCACCUGUGUCAUCUUCCUGGUCGUCUACAAGGUGUACAAGUAUGACCGCGCCUGCCCUGAUGGCUUCGUCCUCAAGAACACCCAGUGCAUCCCAGAAGGCCUGGAGAGCUACUACGCGGAGCAAGACUCCAGUGCCCGGGAGAAAUUUUACACAGUCAUAAACCACUACAACCUGGCGAAGCAGAGCAUCACGCGCUCCGUAUCGCCCUGGAUGUCAGUUCUGUCGGAAGAGAAGCUGUCCGAGCAGGAGACUGAGGCGGCUGAGAAGUCAGCUUAGCGGGAUGGGCAAGUUCCUUUCAAUGUGUCACUUGCAAGUAACAAAGGAACUUUGAGGGACAUUUCAUUAAAUAUAAUUACUGAUACUUUAGAGGUUACUCAUUUAUGGUGCAAUUGCUUCUGUUUGCUAAUGCUGCUUUGCAAAUAAAACUUGCUGCCGACCACCCACGGGCAUAAAAUCAAGUGCAUUUCAGCAUUGCCUAAAGAGCUCUGACACCACUUUCCAUGUUACGAUCUUCAUUUAGCUCCUUAACUGGGAUUUAUUGGCUGCUGUCAAAUAAAUUUACACUGGAUGUGCUAAGGGCCUGGGCCUCAGACAAAUGCACUUUGUGGAACUGAUUUUUUGAAACCACCCCACUGUCUGCAAACCUUACUCCAUAGCCAUAUCUAGAGUGAUCUCUCCCCUAAGAGCAAGCCUACUUCACGUUUCUUCCCAUCUGCCAUCAGCGGGUAACAGUGCUGACUGCUGCCAAGAUGCACUGUAGUGAGGGGCGUAGAGAAUGAGGAAAAAGACCCCCCUCCCUCCCUGUGCUGAUUCCUGAGUUGGGGUGGGACAGCCUUGCAUGGUGGCAGGCUUGGUGUGGAUUUACUACUGCCUCCCCUCUGAAUCUGGCAUCUUGGUAAGGAGGGAGGGGCACCACCAGUCUGGGUGGAGACAGCUGGGGUUUGCUCCAGUGUGUGUAGACUGGCAGAGCAUGUGAGAUGGAGGGGCUGGGAAGAGAUGGCCCCGGGCCCUGAGGUGCAGAACUCUCCCUGCGGGGAGUCGGUCUGCUCUGUGAUGUGCUGAUAGGAAAGAAUCACCUCUAUUAUGAAUACAUUUGCACCAAUACCCUGUUAGUUUUUAAAGAAAUGUCUGGGUGGGAAAAGUGAAAGUGUAAUUUCUGGUAAGCUAGGGCUACUUUUAAUUGUUAUUGUGUGAAACUGAUAGAACUCCCUUGAUGUGGGAAGCAGGCAGGAAAGGCUGUGGGGGUGGGGGGCUGGUGUGGCAUCGUGCAAACAAAACUACAAAUUUCAACUCACAACCUUUGUAAGAAAACUCUUCCAGUUUGAAUUUUGUGUUAAAGUAUAUGUUUACAAAACUGCCAGUUAGAUAAACUAAGUGUGUAAAACAAUUAAAUAGAAAAAAGACAUUCUACAGACGUUUCUUCUAUGUUCUUUGAAUGUGUUGUUUCUGGUGGACAUGUCACAAGUUUCAGUUUUUUAGGAGACCAGUAAUAAACGACAAACAGUGUGAGAUCUGUUGCGAACAGGCAUGGUGACCAGGCCAGCUCCACUAUUGUUUCCUGGUGUGCUUCUAAGACAUAAGAUGUAUUUUAUCAUCAAGGUGUCUGGAAACAGACCGCGACCUUACCUUCCUGGCACGGCAGGGUGCAUCACAGAGGCACGAGUUGAGAAGGGCAUUGUUAAGCUGUGGAAAACGACUGAGCGCAAUAAAUCCGUGCCAAACUUCCCUGCACAUCUGCAGAGACACAAGUGAAGCCCAUGUGCGCACAGUGCAGAGGCCGAGCCUGGGUGUGUUUUCCAGUAGACGUGGACUUUACUGACUGUAAAUUCAUUUCCAUGUAACUUCUGACAUUUCACUCUGUGCAAAUAAAGAACCCGAGGAUACUGUG